AUGAAAGACGUUAUUGUGAUUACAAAAGUGGAUACUUUACUUGGUUAUGCUCUUGCUUAUCGUUUCCUUGAAGAAUGGAAUCGUAAAAAGUUAACAAGUCAUAUCGCUACUGAAUUUCGAUUGCUAUGUCAAAACCGAGAAGGUCUAGAAGAAUUAGAAAUAUUAGGAGGAAAGAUUAUUGAAAUAAAGGAUGAAAAAGAUGAAAACGAGCUUCGUCCGAUUCUAAGACAAGUGGCCUUUCUUAUGUAUCUUCCUAGUGAUCACGAAGAACGUUUAAAGAUUGGAGAAAUGGUGUUUCGUUGUGCUAAAGAAGAAGGUGUUCAAUAUGUGUCCAUGUUUUCAUUUAUUGGCUUGGAUCAUCUUUCAGAUCUUGACGAAAAAAGUAAUCCAUUUCCAAACUUGAAACAAUACUAUAUGCUUGAACAAAUGAUGCCUAAAUACUUUAAUAAAGAUUGUUACUGUAUCUUUCGUUCUACUUUAUGGCAUCAAUUCUUUUAUUAUUAUGGUCCAAUGAUAGAAGAUGAAAACAAAAUCAAGUUAUCUGUGAAUAAGGAUAGUAAAUGGGGGUCAAUUAAUUUAAUGGAUCUUGUUGAUGCUGUCUAUUAUCUUUCUUCUUCCCCUUAUAAGAAAGAUACGACGAAUUCUCAAUUUGGACAGAAUUGUAUCCAAGAAUUAAGAAAAAAGAACAAGACCCUAUUCCAAUUUACCCCUAAUGAUAAAACAACCACAGCGGAUCGACUCGCUAAAGCCAUUAGUGAAGGUUUACACGCCAAAGAAGACAUUCGAUAUGAAAAGGUCAAGUCAGAAGAGAUAAUCGACUAUUUAAAACGUAUUCAAAGGGAUAAUCGUUUUCGACAUAGACCUGCUUCAGAGUCAAUCCUCUUACGUCGUUCUGAUCAUCCCAAAGAAAGAUCUUAUACUUUCCCCUUAGGAAAAUAUUUGAAUGAUAACGUAAUCCAUUACUUGAUUGAAUAUUGGAAGUUUGCUGAUGAAGGCUAUACUGAUAUCAUUACUGAUGAUUUAAAUGAAUCUCUUGAUAGAGAUCCGGAAACAAUGAAAGGCUCUUUAAAAAUAACCGAGAUCAAUUUCAACGUCUUCGUUCAAUAUAAACAUACCAUGUAUAAACAUUAUAUAUGA